GCAGGUAUCGAGAGACCCAACUCACGGACCGGAGUAUACAGCGCAACACGGUUAUUAUACAAUGUUUGCUGUUCAAUUUGCUCCAAAUAGCGCCAAUUUUGCACUCGGAACGUCAUGACUGGCUCUACCGAACCCAUUCGUAGUCUCCACGGCUUCAAGUGGUUUCUAGUCGUGCUCGCCAUAGUCUCCAGCCUCGGCCUGUACGCUCUCGACAACACCAUCGUCGCCAAUAUUGUUCCCGUUAUCAUCCAAGAUUUGGGCCAAGCAGAACAGCUAGCCUGGCUUUCCGUAGGCUUUACCGCUGGGGGGCUCUGCCUUCUCCUACCCCUAGGCAAGAUAUAUUCUCUCUUCGACCCGAAAUACGUCUACCUCACUUCGGCUGUCCUUUUUUUCGUCGGCUCUGCUCUGUGCGGUGCCGCUCCCAGCAUGAACACCAUGAUCGUGGGUCGUGUUGUUGCUGGCAUCGGCGGCAACGGCUUGUACAUGGGCUCUGUUACCCUCCUGUCACUCAACACAUCUUCCCGGGAGAGACCUGUGUACCUGAGCCUUAACGGUCUAAUCUGGGGUAUCGGUACCGUUCUAGGGCCAAUCCUGGGAGGCCUCUUCGAGAGAGUUGACGCUGGUGGGUGGCGAUGGGCCUUCUACAUCAACCUCUGUGCAGGCGCCGUCAUCACUCCCAUUUGGAUCUUUCUCCUCCCCUCGGCAUCACCGUCAGACAAGCCCUCUAAACGCUCUCGCGCCGCCCGGCUGGACUGGCUGGGCACUAUCCUCAUCCUCGCUUCUAUGCUCCCUUUGGUGCUAGCAGUAGACUUUGGUGGCAGGCUGUUCAGCUGGCGUAGCGCUGCUUCCAUUGUUUUGUUCGUCCUCGCCGCCAUUUUUCUCGCCUUGUUCGCACUGCAGCAACACUUCAGCUUUACUACCAACGAGCGAGAUAGACUUUUUCCCAUGCAUUUCAUGACCAAUCGCCAUGCUGUGCUUCUAGCUGUACUUGCUGCUGCAUGCGAUGUGUUCACUUUUGUCCCGAUAUAUUACAUCCCUCUUUACUUCCAGUUCACACGUGGCGAUGAUGCUCUAAUAUCAGGGGUCCGGCUUCUUCCCUAUAUUGCACUUCUCAGCGCUACUAUGUUGGCCAACGGCGCAUUCAUGUCCAAGGUCGGGCAAUAUAAGGCAUGGUACGUCGUCGGAAGUGUACUCGCGCUCAUCGCCACUGUUUUGUUGUCUAGAGUAACAACGGAUACUCCGGCACAGAACGUAUACGGAUUCGAAGUACUUCUCGGUUUAGGCUCAGGCGCAUUCGUACAAGCCGGCUACGCUGUCCUCUUCUCCAUCCUUGAGCCUGCGGAUAUGGCUUUCGGCACUAGCUUCAUGAUGUUAGCGCAACUUUGCGGUAUCACCUUUGGCCGAGCUAUUGCUAGCGCAAUCUUCGUCAACGAUGCCGUCUCCUCGAUCAUGUUGGUGCUGCCUGAUUUGCCAAGCGACCAAGUUCAGCAUGCAAUAGAAGGAGCAGCAGGCGAGCUCUUUGCCAGCCUCGAUGAACAGUCACGGAUAGCACUUUCUCACGCGUUGGUCAUUUCGUUACGAAAAACAUUCAUACCUUGUUAUGCAGCGGCAGCAUUGUGUCUGGUUCUGUCCAUUGUACUUCCCCACAAGCAGAUGCACGCAACUCCACCGUCUGACUCGGAAAUCGCACGGCCAGAGAAAGACGAUGGUCGUGUCAAGCAAGCAAACAUACUUGAGCGUUGAUGGAAUUAUGCCUUAGUGCGAAACUAUGAUCAUACGCUUAUGUAGUCGACUAAGAGGGAUCAGAUGUGUCAGGCUCUCUUCUUAGUGGUGAUGAAAACUAAGAAGAAAAAAUGUCC